AGGUCCAAGGCAAAUUGAUGAUGCAGACAUACAUGGAGUGGUGACACCCGUGUCUAGUCGAAAACAUACUAAAGAUUAUGGAGACAUGUAUGAGACGCCAAAUGUAACGCAACCUGAUUAUGGUGGUGAUUAUGAAGUUCCUACACCAGCUGGCAAUCAGCUCGUAGGCAACAGUACAGACUAUGGAGAUGAUUAUGAGAUUGUCAUUAAAGAUAAUUCCUCACCAACAAGGGUACCUGAUCAGGAUUUUGAUAACACAUAUGAACCAGUAUCAGUAUCUAAUCAUCCAGAUACUCAUACAAAGAAAAGAAAGGCUCAAGAACUACCACCAGUUCAUCAUAGUGACUAUGGUGGUGAGUAUGGAAAUGUUAACGUUGACAGAGAUGUUAAUGUGAUAAAAAAGCUGUCAGAAAAAUUUCAAAAUCCUAACUCACCUCGGAAAGUGUGUCCUCCACCACCGGUACAAAAGAAAAAGCCACAAGUAAGUAAGAAACCACAAGGAAAGUCCGCUAAAAAGCUGGAAAACAAGCCGCAAGAUUAUGGAGAUACAUAUGAGGCUCCAAUGGCACAGGGAAUUGCAUGUCAACCAGAUUAUGGUGGAGAUUACGAGGCUCCAAUGGUGCAGAAUAUUGCAAAAGAGAAAGAUUUUGGUGGAGAUUAUGAGGCGCCAAUGGUACAGAACAUUGCAAGAGGGCAGGAUUUUGGAGGAGAUUAUGAGGCUCCGAUGGGGCAGAACAUUGCUGGAGGGCAGGAUUUUGGGGAAGACUAUGAAGCUCCUAUGAUUCAGAAGUUUGCAAGAGAGCAGGAUUUUGGUGGAGAUUAUGAAGCUCCAAUGUCGCAGCAAAAUCCAGAUGAUCCAGACUUUGGCUCUAUCUAUGAAAAUACAAUGGUUGGUUCUUUGCAAAAACCGACAGCAACCGAAGCAGAAAAUCCACCAGUUGAAGACUGCAAUCAGGUAUACGAUCAACCUUAUACUUAUAAUCAGCCCCUCAAGUUCAAAGGAAUGCGAGGCGACUACUACAACCAACCUGCUCCUAAAGCAGAUCCUGCCAUUAAUAAAGAGAACUAUACUAAAUUGUAUAGAACAUGAUCAAAAUUUGAUCAUUAUUGCUAGAAAGUGGGAAAUGAAGGAGAAACAGAAUCGUAAGUGUGACAAUCGAGUCACAAAGGACUCAUGUCAGAGAUGCCCACAAGCCUGUUUUGCUUUGGGAUUGGAAAAAAUAUGUGAAAGUUAAACAUUUGGCCCCCCCCCCCCCCUGAAUAUUUGCAAGUGAUUUACAAGAAAUAAGGAUACACCUACUUCACAUACAAUUGAAAAAUCAUUUUUGAAGGCUUGAUAUAAUUAUACAUGUUGUAGUUUGCUGAUUAUGGUGCUAUCUUCCAAUGUCACAGUACAGUAGUAUGAGAAUAGAGUACUAGUUGUUACCAACUGGUAGCUGAUGGAUACAAUAUUUAACAGUUAUUUGGUAAAAAAACAGCAUUAGAAAUAAGUUCUUUCUAACACAAUACAAAUUACAUUAGUUAUUCAUCGUAUCCGUACUGUACUGCUGAUGUGUAGUUAAUUAAACGCGUACUGCAGGUGAAGCAAAAAUCAGCAUACACACAGCUAAAUGUA